CUGAGUCGGCCUUUUCCGCCCGCUCCCCCCUCCCCCCGAGUGCCGCUCCGGCUGCACCUAGCUCGCUCAGAGCUCCCGGCUCCUGCUAAGCUAGCGCCGCCGUCGUCUCUCCCCGGCCGCCGUCAUGAUCAUCUACCGGGACCUCAUCAGCCAUGAUGAGAUGUUCUCCGACAUCUACAAGAUCCGGGAGAUCGCGGACGGGCUGUGCCUGGAGGUGGAGGGGAAGAUGGUCAGUAGGACAGAGGGUAACAUUGAUGACUCGCUCAUUGGUGGAAAUGCCUCCGCCGAAGGCCCUGAGGGCGAAGGUACCGAGAGCACAGUAAUCACUGGUGUGGAUAUUGUCAUGAACCAUCACUUGCAGGAAACCAGCUUCACAAAGGAAGCCUACAAGAAGUACAUCAAAGAUUACAUGAAAUCAAUCAAAGGCAAGCUUGAAGAACAGAGGCCAGAAAGAGUAAAACCUUUUAUGACAGGGGCUGCAGAACAAAUCAAGCACAUCCUUGCUAAUUUCAAAAACUACCAGUUCUUUAUUGGUGAAAACAUGAACCCGGAUGGCAUGGUUGCCCUGCUGGACUACCGCGAGGAUGGUGUGACCCCAUAUAUGAUCUUCUUUAAGGACGGUUUAGAGAUGGAAAAAUGUGUAAGUAUCAGGAAGUGGGUUGAGAUCCGCAUUGUAAAAAUGGACACAUCUCAGAUGUGACUCCUUGUUUCCUGCCACUGGGAUGGUUAGAAUGGGUUUUACAGCACUCUUGAAAGAUGCAGGUCUGGGUCUUCUUUCUCUUUCUUUGGGGGUCUAAAAGGGUUGUGUUUUACACAGAAAAGAUUUUUAUGGCACAGAAAGGGACUUGAGAGUUUUUUUUAUCUACACAGAAAGCUUGUCUUUAGGCGGCUUAAAUCUUAGCUUACACGCUAAACUGAUGAGAAAUAGCACUGUGUUAAUCUUCCCCCGUAGAAAUGGCCCCCUUUAUAUUUUGCCACACGUGUGCGUGAGUGGCAUGUGUGGCACGAAACGUUUUCCACUUUGGUUUACUGAUAACGGGCAACUGGUCAUUGAAAGUCUUGACGUUACUAGCUUUUAGUAAAUAAAGUUAGAGCUGGCUGCUGACCCGCGACGCAGACUGCUUUAGUGAAACUAAAUGAAUGUCUACUAUGCACGGAAUUGCUGGAGGCAGUACAGAACUGAAAGCAUUCAUCAUCCUAGCUCUCCCAAGGCUUCCAUAUAAAUCAGGAGCAAGAUAAACUUUAGGCUACACUAAAUAAGAUCAGAGGCAACGGUGGACUGAAAUAUCCCCGGAUGGUACAGAUGAUUCGGUGAGGGGAUCAUCCCAGGCUUGUCUGAGGUUUUUGUUGGUGGAACGUGUGAGUGGGACUUGCUCCAGAAUGAGGCAUCUAGAAAACGUGCUACCUCUGAGUUGGUAAGGAUGGCCCUGCAUCCACUGAUAGACCUCGAACAGUUGGCCGUUGUUCUUUUGGUUUGCACUAGGAUGCGAAAGGAAAAAAUCCCCGCGCUUUCUGUCUGUCUUUGUGGCAGCCCGGAUUGAAUAGGGGAAUACACCUAGAGCCUAGAAAUGUUAAACAUUUUCACAUUGGCUAAAAGUGUUAAUUCAGGCUUCCUUGUUUUUACAGUAACGAAUUUGGCUCUUAACUUUGGACGUAUCACCUGUCGUCCUAGCUGGCUCCUACUCAUCCACACGACACCAGGACUU